AUGGUGAAUGAGGAAGAUGAUGACAAUUUCAGAAAGAACUUGAACAACGAUUCGCCGUCGGCCUCCUCGUUCCCUCCUUCAGAGCCAAACAUCGGGUUGAUCGUGGGGGCGCUCGUGGGCAUCUCUUUGUUCCUCAUGGUGAUGGGUCUUCUAAUUUACUUCAGACGCCAAAUUGGCGCGUCUUGCUGCAAGGAGGCACCGGCAAAAGAUAUUGAAUUAGCAUCUAAUAAAAUUGAAAGAGACACGGCAGGCAAUAUCCCACUAGCUGACCGUCGAUACACGCAGAUGUCUUCGGACGCGAGUAGUCAAUGUGAGAUACCCUUGUUGACACUGCCGAUCUAUGAUGGGUACCCUGAUGUGAUGUCGCCGGGAGUGAGUAAGGAGAUCAUUGACGAAUAUAACAGACUACCCAAGCCCACGAAAAAAACUACCGAAGCUUCGAAACCCUGCAACAAGUUCCAAAACCGCUACGCAGACGUUCUUCCAUUUGAUGAAAACCGCGUGAAGUUGAAGUCAGGGGAAUACAUCAACGCGUCCCACAUCGAUGGCGGCUUCAUAGCAACUCAAGACCCUCAGCAAACGACUGACGACGACGAUCUCUUCUGGUCGAUGGUGUGGGAGCAUCAGGUGUCCAUCAUCGUCAGGCUGUCAGCGGACGACAAAAAUCUCGGAAACAAACAAAUGGGCUGUGCCCCUUACUUGCCCCUGGACCGACGCUGGGUGUUCAACAACGGCAUCGAGGCGAGCGUCAAGGAGAAGAGGCAGGAGGAGGCCACGCACACCACCACCACCGUCGUCCUGGAUGUCACCCAUUUUGUUUAA